AUGUCCACUCGCAGUCGAUAUCGAAGUCAAGAAUUCUACAAUCCCACUCGAACACUCGGUCGACGUACACUUUUCCCAAGCCAAUCUCCAAUUUUACAAACAAUAAUUUCCGCUGGACCUCCAAAUAGAAAAAAAGCAUUUCCUGAACUAGUUGGCCUAAGUGUUGACGAAGCAUUUGCUUAUCUUUCUGCACGAGGUCUUAGGCCAGUCAUUGCGACACCGGAUGCUUUCAGAGUAAAGGAAUAUAAACCUCAUCGUGUUCGUAUUGAAACGGAUCCAGCAGAACGUAUAGUUAUUAAAGUACCCAAAAUUGGUUAA